ACACGAAUAACACUUGCACAAAUAAAAAUAAAUAAAAACAAAAAAAAUAUUUUAAAAAUAAAAAAUGUCCUUACCCAACAAAAUGGUGGACAAAAAAGAAGAAAACGAUACACGAAUUAGUUUAGAAACAGAAAACCAAGAGAAUUCAAUAUAUCAACAUCCCGAAGCAAAUGAAUCCUUCCUUGAGAAUCAUUCCACAGUCAAAGAAGUAAUCGAGUGCCUAGAAAUGAUCGAAGAGGCCAACAAGACGGAUUCGUCAAGGAAGCAUAAAAAGUCGACGCUUGAUAUAAAAGACUUGAACUUUCUGGUGACACGGCGAAUUCUACCAAACAGCGCCGUAUUUCGUCGAAACAAAACAAGAAAAGUCCCGGUCAAUACGAAUCAGCUUACAUUCAUGCGCCAAGUUGAUCCUGAUCCCGAUGACCGCAUCUUGGCCAGAAAACAGAGAGAAGAAGUGGCCGAAACAUUUCGACGGAUGGGAAAUUUCGAGUAUCGCAAAUUGAACUACGGUUUGGCCAAAGACUACUAUACAAAGGGCUUGGAGUACAUCAAAGAUACUCCUGUUUUGUAUGUAAAUCGAGCCAUGUGCUAUAUCAAGUUACGCGAAUUCAAACUAAGUUAUAUGGAUUGUGACUAUGUGAUUGCUAAUGUGGAUCAGAACUAUCUACGUGCUUGGCUUUAUCGGGCAGUGGCAUAUAAACGGCUAAACGAUGAGGCCAAUUGCGAAUAUAGUAUUGAUCAGGCAAGGCGGUUGAACAGAUCUGAAGCUGCUUUUAUCGAUGAGUUUGUGGACAAAAUGCGUUCGCUUCUGUAAACGAAGGCAAGCAAAUUCUAGUAUAGAAUAUCCAAAUUGAAAAAUCGAGAGAUAGGCAAUUGAAUAAAAAUCUUAA